AUGCCGCGCAAAGCGAUUGACUCGCGCAUCCCCGCCCUCAUUCGGAAUGGCAUCCAGGAGAAGAAGCGUAGCUUCUUCGUGGUGGUUGGUGAUCGGGCCAAGGAUGUAAUUGUCAACCUUCAUUAUAUCAUGUCGAGUGUCGAUGUGAAGCAGAACAAGUCUGUUCUGUGGGCCUACAAGAAGGACCUGCUGGGCUUCACUAGCCAUCGCAAGAAGCGCGAGGCCAAGAUCAAGAGUCAGGUCAAGCGUGGUAUUCGGGAACCAAACCAGGAGGAUCCGUUUGAGCUGUUCAUCACCCUCAAUAAUAUUCGCUAUGUCUACUACAAGGAAACCGAGAAAAUCCUGGGUAACACCUACGGCAUGUGUAUUCUGCAGGAUUUCGAAGCCAUGACCCCCAACCUUUUGGCACGUACCGUUGAGACUGUCGAGGGAGGAGGUAUGGUUUUGCUGCUGCUGAAGAGCAUGAACAGCUUGAAACAAUUGUACACGAUGUCGAUGGAUAUCCACUCGCGAUACCGAACCGAGGCACACGAUGAUGUGGUCGCUCGAUUCAACGAGCGCUUCAUCCUUUCUCUCGGAAGCUGCGAUUCCUGCUUGGUUGUCGACGACGAGUUGAACGUGUUGCCCAUCUCCGGCGGAAAGAAUUCAACGGACGAUUCGAGCUCGGGUACCAAGAAGGAGCUGAAGGAUAUGAAGGAGAGCCUGGCUGAGACCCAGCCCGUGGGACCUCUCGUUCAGCUGGCUCGUACUACAGACCAGGCCAAGGCACUUCUGACGUUCGUCGAUGCAAUUGCCGAGAAGACCCUGAAGAGCACAGUGACACUUACUGCUGGACGUGGACGAGGAAAGUCCGCUGCUCUGGGUGUUUCAAUUGCCGCUGCCAUCGCCCACGGAUACAGCAAUAUCUUCAUCACCUCUCCCAGCCCUGAGAACUUGAAGACCCUUUUCGAAUUUGUUUUCAAGGGCUUCGAUGCCCUCGGCUACCUCGAUCACGUUGACUACACCAUCCUGCAGUCUACCAAUCCCGACUUCAACAAGGCCAUUGUUAGAGUUAACAUUCACCGCAACCACCGUCAGACCAUUCAGUACAUCCAGCCCCAAGAUGCGCAUGUUUUGGGUCAAGCGGAACUUCUAGUUAUUGAUGAGGCCGCUGCUAUUCCCUUGCCCUUGGUGCGGAAGUUGAUGGGCCCUUACCUCGUGUUCAUGGCGUCCACUAUCAACGGUUACGAAGGAACUGGUCGAUCCCUUUCUCUGAAGCUGAUUCAACAGCUUCGUGAACAAUCCCGGGGUGGACUCAAGGCCAACGAUACUGAUGUUGCUGAUCGCAGCACCGGAAAGGUCUCCAAGAGCACAGACCAGAGCCUUGGUGGCCGGUCACUCAGAGAGAUCACACUCGCAGAGCCGAUUCGUUAUGCCCCCGGUGAUUCUGUUGAGAAAUGGCUGAACAAGGUCUUGUGCCUUGAUGCUACCCUGCCCAAGUCUCGCAUGAACACGCAAGGCUGCCCACACCCAUCGAAGUGCCAGCUGCUUCAGGUCAACCGUGACACCCUUUUUUCCUUCCAUCCCGUUUCGGAGAAGUUCCUGCAACAGAUGAUGGCCCUUUAUGUUGCUAGUCACUACAAGAAUACCCCUAACGAUCUUCAACUCAUGAGCGAUGCUCCUGCACACCAGCUCUAUGUACUUGUUCCGCCUAUCGACGAGGAGGCCACGAAGCUUCCGGAGCCGCUCUGCGUGAUUCAAGUUGCUCUGGAAGGUCGUAUCAGCAAACAGAGUGUUCUCAACAGCCUGAGCCGUGGUCAACGCGCUGGUGGUGACUUGAUUCCAUGGUUGGUCAGCCAGCAAUUCCAAGAUGAGGAUUUCGCUGGUCUUUCAGGUGCCCGUGUCGUUCGCAUUGCGACCAACCCUGAGUAUACUGGAAUGGGCUACGGAUCACGCGCUAUGGAGCUCCUUGUUGACUAUUUCGAGGGCAAGUUCACCAGCCUGGACGAAGAUAUGAGCCGUCCCCAGGAAGAGAUGGUCCGUGUGUCUGAUUCUGAGCUCACCAACUCAAGCCUUUUGGACGAUAAUGUCCAGGUCCGAGAUAUUCGCUCCAUGCCUCCUCUGUUUGGCAAGCUCACCGAACGUCGCCCCGACGAGCUUGACUAUAUCGGUGUCAGCUACGGUCUCACCCCCUCUCUCCACAAAUUCUGGAAACGCUCCUCUUUCGUCCCCGUUUAUCUGCGCCAAACACCCAACGAGCUCACUGGCGAGCACUCCUGCGUGAUGCUGCGCACUCUGUCUGCCGGUACCAACGAUGCUGCUUGGCUGGGCGCAUUCGCUCGUGACUUCCACCGUCGAUUCCUGGCCCUUCUCUCCUAUCAGUUCCGCGAGUUUCCCUCGGUCCUCUCUCUCAGCAUUUGCGAAUCUGCCAAUGCGGGCGCGAAGUUGGACGCCGCCGCCGUGCAGCGCUUCCUUAAGAAGGCCGACCUGGACGCUACUUUCUCUCCUUUCGACCUGAAGCGUCUGGACAGUUAUGCCAACAACCUUCUUGACUACCACGUCAUCCUGGACAUGAUCCCGCUCAUUUCUGAAUACUACUUCGCCAACCGUCUUUCCGGCAAGGUCAGCCUUUCUGGCGUGCAGCAGUCUAUUCUACUGGCCAUUGGUCUGCAGCACAAGAGUCUGGACGAUGUUGAGAAGGAGCUGAACCUGCCCUCUUCCCAACUUCUCGCCAUGUUCUUGAAGAUCGUUCGCAAGGUCUCUACCCACUUCCGUGGUCUGGUCGAAGGCGCUGUCGCGGAGUCUAUCCCCGCCCAACAGAUCUCAGCAUCCCAGGCCGCUGACGGUGCUCACGACGACGACAUCGUGGAGGACCGCUUCAAGCCCCUCGAGACCAGCCUUGACGACGAGCUCCGUGAAGGUGGCGAGGAAGUCAAUGAGGAGCUGCGUGAGAAGCAGCGUGCUCUAAUCGAUUCCCUUCCGUUGGACAGAUACGAAAUUGACAACGGCGCUGCAACCUGGGAUGAUGCCGAGAAGCAGAUCCGUGGCGGAGGUGCUUCAACGGUUAGCAUCAAGACCAAGCCCUCGAAGCGCAAGAAGGGCGAUACCGCGCGGGAUAUCUUCGACAAGGAGGUCGACUCCAAGAGACAGAGGAUGAUCAAGAAGGGCACUGAAGGCCGCAAAAAAUAG